ACCGGCUGUCCUCUUUUGCCAAGCGGCUUCGCUGAGGCGUGGACCCGUCUUCUCUGUGGCCGUUUUCCGGAGACUAUGGCGGCUCUCGGCAGCUGACGUUGGCGCUUCCCCCCUUCCCGUCCUUCUCCUCUCUUCAACCGCCGGGCUUCUCUCCUAGCUACCUCUUCUUGGGCUCCUGACUUCUAAGUACCAACCGCGAGAGAUAAGUCGCCCCACCAUGAAAGUCAUCAUCGGCAUCGGCGGGGUCACCAAUGGUGGGAAGACCACCCUGACCAACAGACUAAUGCGAGCUUUACCCAACUGCAGUGUUGUGCAUCAGGAUGAUUUCUUUAAGCCCCAGGAUGAGAUAGUGGUUGAAGAUGGAUUUAAACAAUAUGAUGUUAUCAAUGCUUUGGAUAUGGAUGCUAUGAUGAAUACCAUCAAUGCUUGGAAGAGAAACCCAAUCAAGUUUGAACGAUCGCAUGGCAUUAACACACUAGAUGUCAGAACUAUAGAAGAUUCAGAGGAGAAGGACAACACCAUCCAUAUCCUUAUUGUUGAAGGGUUCUUACUUUAUACUUACAGACCCCUGAUUGAUGUUUUUGACUACCGAUUCUUUCUUUCUAUUCCCUAUGAAGAGUGCAAGAAGAGGAGAAGUUCAAGGAAUUACACUGUACCGGAUGCACCUGGAUUGUUUGAUGGUCAUGUCUGGCCCAUGUAUGUCAAACAUAAGAAAGUGAUGGAAGACCUUAAAGUUGAUAUAGUUGAGUUGAAUGGAACAAGAUCACGGGAGGAGCUCUUUAAUGAUGUCUAUGGGUAUAUCCAGAACAGCUUAGAAGAACUGAUGAAGCUGCUGACCUAAACAAGCAGCUGGUGACGUCUCGGAAGUCCAACACACACCUGUUGAAUAACUUAUUUUUUUUUAUAUGUGCCUGGCUUGGCAGUAAAGUGCCAACUUCUGUGAAGAUUUUCCCUUUUUUUGUUAAGGGUGUUGUUGAUGUAUCUUUGCCAAUGUGGCCUUGAUUAAAAAGCAUUUGCCUCCCUAAAAAGCUUC